UUUUCAUUGUGGAAAUACUUCAAUCUGAUCUGUACAAGGAGAAAAGUUAUACCUCCUUGGGUAAUUCCUGAAUACUGCAAUUCCUGGAUGUUCACAAUGAAACUCUUUCACUGUCUCUGGCUUUUUAUCCUGUGGCUGAACGUGGAUGAAUCUUUACAGCAGAAUGAAAUUACAUGUGAUCGAAAAGACCCACAUGUGUAUUACUGGGAUGUCUAUUCGGGACAAAAUAUAACAUUGGAUGAGACUGUAAGUUAUUGGUGUAAACCAGGCUACAAUAGCACAGAUGGUGCCACCUGGGCCACAUGCACCAGAGAUGGCUGGAGACCAAAUCCACUCUGUCAAGAAAUUACGUGCAACAGGCGUGAUGUCCAAAAUGCAGAUAUUUUGAACAAUAAGCUGAAAUACAGUUACCAUGAGCGGGCUAAUUAUCUCUGCAAGGAUGGUUAUGAAGGACGUUUUUAUCUAACCUGUGGGGAAACUGGUUGGAACGGAAAUCCACAAUGUAGAGAGGUAACAUGCAACAGAAAAUAUUUCACAAAUUCAGACAUUGAUGGAAACUCUCAGUCAUUAUACAGGUACAAUGACCGGGUCGAGUAUGUCUGCAAAUAUGGUUAUGAGGGACGUUUUUCUCUAACCUGCGGACAAAAAGGUUGGAUUGGGUCUCCACAAUGUACAGAGAGACCAUGUAAAAAACUCAACAUCAGUAAUGCAUAUAUUACACGCAAUGAGAAGAUAAGUUACAACCACCAUGAACGAGUCCAAUUUGCAUGCAGGAACAACAGUAAGAGACGUUUUACUGUUGUCUGUAGCCAAGGUAAUUGGACUGGGAUUCAGAGCUGUACAGCAUGUCCAAAACCCAAAGUUCCACAUGGAUUUAUAGUUGGUCCAUACAAUGAGACACUGUACUACACCUGUGAGGAAGGUUAUAAGCUUGUGACUAAAGGCUGGUGGGGUGAAGCGACAUGUAAUGAUGGCCUGUGGUCGGGACUUGAACAAUGCAUUGAGAAAAGCAAGUGUGGACAACUUCCUGUAAUUCCUAAUAGGGAAGUGACAUCUCAGCGUAACAAAUAUGGGCCAGGUGAAAGUGUCCCGAUUAUUUGUAAGGAAGGAUACAUCGCUCAGAUUAAUCACGUAACGUGUCUUGAAGGAAAAUGGCAUUCAGAUGGAACAUCACUCAAAACAAUCUGUGCACCUAUUGCCAGUCACUGUGCUCCCCCGCCUAAAGUUGAAAAUGCUGUUGCUGUGACUUCGUACCAGAGGGAAUACUUGUCUGGCUCUGAAGUAACUUAUCAAUGCCGUGAUCAUUAUACAAUGGAAGGAGACGCCACAAUUACAUGCAACAGUGGGCAAUGGGAGAAGAAGAACAUUACAUGCACACCUCCUACUCUGCAACAGUGAUGCAGAUUUUCCUCGAGGUCCAAAGAAGUCUCAGUGAAAAUACCAGAAUUUCAUACGGGUCGUAUAAACGACAUAUUCUGUUUGGAUAUUUUGAAUUUGGCCUUGUUUCGAAUUAAGCAUUUUCUGAUAAAUACGCUGGAUACGGCGAUAUUAUUAGUGUUUUAUGACCAUUCUUUGCACAUGUAUACAGCAGAUUUGGAUGGACGCAUUAUGAAAUACUUGUAUAUCAACAGUUUUUUUUAGAAUCAUUAAGGUUUAAGUAAACGGUGUAGUCAAAGAAACUAAUCAAAUUGAUUAUGACUGAUUGAUUGUUACCCUGAAUGAUUUUUACAAUGGCCUCGUACUGCAGUGUCAACACUAUUGUCACAUGCCACAUUUACUGUGGUCAUUAAAACUGGACAGAAAGGUUGAUAUCAUCAGCAGAUACUCACAAUCGAGGUUUUCAUAAACCAGUCUGGUGCUACAUUCAAGCAAAACAGCUUAUGUUUGCCUUAAUGUGAUGUUUUUAUUGAAACUUCCCUGGACCAACCUUUCAGGUCAAAUUUAAUUUCAUAUAUCACAAAUGUUUGAUCAAAUUAAGUUUAAUUCCUCCAGGAUUAACAUAUGGCAAGUCACUAGAGAGGAGCUCCCUUGCUGCAUUUUACAUAAUAGGAUACCUAAAAUAUAAACUAUGAAGGGUCUAUAAAUUGAUUGUGUGUGUACUUAUAUAUGUCAGCUGCUGUGUGGACUGAAUGUCCUGCUCCACCUCUGUACAACAGACACAGAGAGAGAGAGAGAGGAGCGCCUCUCGUGGAUCAGUACUGGUCACUCUCCUUUAUAGAAAGUAGCCAUGGUCUGUCCAGAAUGUCACUAGUUGUGUUGUGAGGUGCUUUUUGAAAAAAAAAAGUCAAUAAAUGUGUAUGUAAGCUCCUGUU